UACAACCGAGCAUGCAUAGAGCCAUGUGAGCUCCAAAGGCUACGGCACACACGCCGCGCAGCUUGACGCCCCUUUGGUGUUUGCUGCCAGCAAAGUGUGUGUGUCCUGUGUGCCGCUUCUUGCUAAGAAGUGGCAGAUGAGACGUACGUGAUGGGUGCAUGUGUUGGUGCUGCGCAACGUUUUACAAGAGAUCGUCUCCUCCUCCUCCCAUCCCACUCCAACACAACAAGAUCCGCAGCCUCCUCCUCCUCCUCCCGUCAGUGAGACUGUGACGCCAGCCGCUGCCCUCGUCCGUACGUGCUCCAUGGUGAUUCUGCGCUCUCGCAGUCGCAGGUAGGCGCGAGACGCGGAGACGGCGGAGAUGGCGCGGCAGCUGCAGGAGAGCCCGAACCUGGCUGGUUUCCAGUUCUACAAGCUCAUGGCCUCCGGAAUGUCCUGGGAGAAGCUGGUGCUGCCUGCCAAGUUCGCGAGCGAGCUCAACGGCCGUGCGCUCCGGGAGGUGAAGCUGCGGGUCGAGGGCGGAGGGGCGCGCGCGUGGGACGUGGAGCUCGUCGUCAACGAGUACGGCGACAUGCACCUCGGCGGGGGCUGGAAGGAGUUUGUCCGCGCCAACGGUAUAGAGGUCGGGCAGCUCCUCGUCUUCCGCUACAACGGCGCCGCCCUGCUCACCGUCACGGUGUUCGAGGACACCGAGUGCGGGAGACACUGCUGCCAGCGGGCGGAGGAGGAUGGCAGCGCCGAGGAGGAGGAGGAGUCUCCGCCACCGGCGUUGCCCGGGAGCGGAAGCAGCAGCGACGACGGCAUUGAAGGCGGCGGCGGCGGCGGCGGCGCUAGGUUCAUCGUGACGCUGGGACAGUGCCACCUGGGCACAAAGAAGAAGCAGUACCUGAACGUGCCUGUGGAGUUCAGCGAGGCACACGGGUUCACGGAGAAGAGCAGGGUGGUGCUGCGGAUGCGCGGGCAGCAGUGGACCGUCUGCCUCAAGCACAGCAACCGGCGGAAGGCCAACGCGAGGACCCGCACGGCGUUGAAGUACGGGUGGAACCAGUUCCGCGUCGACAACGGCCUCCGCGUCGGCGACAUCUGCUUCUUCCAGCUGGUGCAGGAGGCCGCCGGCGGCGACGACCCGGUGCUGAGCGUCGAGGUGCGCAAGAUGGACGGCACCACCGUCCAGUGAUCGACUACUGGUUCGUGUGUGUGCCUUGGUGUGAUGGCAAAUAAGCUGAGGAAUGGAUUGUAUUUGUAUGAACCACUGGGAUGUUCGAUGAAUGAACUGCUUCUCUUUAUUAUUUAGUACUA